AUGGCCUCAGACGUCCCUUCUUUACCGCCUAUCGCAGAUGUUCCAAACCUUGAUGCAGUCGCGCGGGCCCAGAUCUUAGACCUUCUUUUCGAGCCCAGCACGCAGCUUCAUACUCUUUCCGUCACGCCGAUUGCGGAGACCACAUUCUCGUCUUACGCUGACCUGAUAGCCCUGGUGGGCGAGCAGUUCAAUACGCUACUCAACUCAGACCUUGAGUCUGAUCAGAAAUGGCUUGAUGUCAUUCUUGGCGCCCAUCCACGACUUGGGGAGAAGAAGGUCGACAGCGCGCUCAGCCGCCAGGAACAAGCUGCUAUGAAAGCUGCUGAGUCUGCUGCCGGCCGCGAUAGUCAGGCCCAAGCCGAAGCUGAGGGCGUCGCGGAAAAGCUAGCAGAUUUGAAUCGAGCCUAUGAAGCAACUUUCCCUGGCUUGCGUUACGUAACAUUCGUGAACGGACGACCAAGACCUGUAAUCAUGGAAGAUAUGGAAAGGCGCAUCAAGUCGGCGGAUCUGCGGCAGGAGAAGAUUGAUGCUAUUCAAGCAAUGUGUGAUAUAGCGAAGGAUCGAGCCAGGAAACUUGGCGCUUCUUGA